AUGUCGACUGAAUCCGGUCAUUAUGUGGACGUUGGGAAUCUUUUAAUAAUUAAUAAAGACCCUAUUGAGUUUAAAAUUGAUGAUAAUGAUCAAUUAAAUAUUUUGACACAAAAAUCAACUCAAUAUUUAUUUGACAAAAUUUGGGAUUUGCCAAGAAAAGUUGUUCAGGAUGCUACGUGUGCUGUGAUUCCGAAACCAAAAGAACCAACAAAAUGGGAAAAGUUUGCAAAAGAGAAGGGAAUUGUUAGUAAAAAGAAGCGAAGCAAAAAAAUUUGGGAUGAAACUACAAAAGAAUGGAAGCCUAGAUAUGGAUAUAAAAGGGCUUUAAAAGAAGGAAAUGAAACGAAGGAUUGGCUGAUUGAAAUACCUGAUAAAGCUGAUCCAUAUAAAGAUUAUUUUGCUGAACGUUCAAAUAAUAAAAAAGAACAGGCGAAUAAACAAGAAUUUCAAAGACUCAAAAAUAUUGCCAGAAAUGAAAAGAAUUCUCAACUUUCUUCAAAACCUUUAUUUAAUUCUAAAAAAAUGAAAAUUAAUGGAAAUUUGGAACCCUUGGGUUCUAGACAGCCUAUUGGGUUGGGUUCUGUUGAAGAAAAAUCUAAAGAACAGCUCAUUCAUCAAUUAAAUCGAGCAAAGAAGUCUACUUCUUCGGCAGGAAAAUUUCAAAAGAAUUUAAAAGGAGAAAAGCCACCAAAGAUGGGAAUUAAAAGAAAGGUUUUCUUUUUGUAUUUUAAAAAUAAUUUUUUAGUUUGA